AUGCCUUUUGGGUUAACCAAUGCACCAGCCAUAUUCAUGGACUUGAUGAACCGAGUGUUUCAUGAGUACUUGGACAAGUUUGUAGUCGUGUUCAUUGAUGAUAUUUUGGUGUCUUUGAAGAAUGAGGAAGAACAUGCUGAGCACUUGAGAACUACCCUUGAAACUCUUAGGAAGAAUAAGUUGUAUGCUAAGUUUUCCAAGUGUGAGUUUUGGUUGGAGAAAGUUGCAUUUUCAGGGCAUUACAUUUCGAAGGAGGGUGUAUCCGUGGAUCCUACGAAGAUCAAGGCGGUGAGUGAGUGGCCUACACCUAAGAAUGUGACUUAUGUUCGUAGUUUCUUGGGGUUAGCUGGAUAUUAUAGAAGGUUUGUUAAGGAUUUUUUUAGGAUAGCUAGACCCAUGACUUCUCUUAUGAAGAAGCAGAGCAAGUUUGAGUGGAACGAGAGUUGUGAAGCAGCUUUUCAAACCCUUAAAGAGCGAUUGACCACUGCACCAGUGCUGGUAUUACCUGAUGGGAGAGAAGGAUUCAAAGUGUAUAGUGAUGCCUCGAAGGAUGGUCUGUGA